AAUAUCAAAAGCAGCCUCCAAGUAAUAAGAAGAACAACAACAAUCACAACAUAUAAAAUGGACGUGGGCGCACAGGAAACCACAUACGAACCGCUGGAGGGGCGCAGCGGUCGGGGCUCGGCCAGCGGCAUGAGGCAUCCGACCAGCAUAGAUAGUCCCGAGUUCGAUACACGCGCCCCCAAGGACCAAAGACACGCCGUCUAUUUGGCCCUACUGGCGGCGGGCAUCGGAUUCGUUUUGCCCUACAAUAGUUUCAUUAUCGCCGCGGACUAUUGGCAGGGACGCUUUCCCGGUCGUCCUGUGGCUUUGGACAUGUCCAUGACGUACAUCUUCGUGGCCUUCUGCACGGUGCUGUUUAACAACAUUGUGCUCUCACUGGCGCCAUUCCAGACACGUGUGCUCUUUGGCUACAUGGUGUCCUUCACCACCCUGAUCUUCGUUGCCGUCUGCGAGGUGGCCUGGCACAUGUUCGCCACCAAUACCGCCUAUGUGGUGAAUAUGUCGGCAGUGGCUCUGACUGCGAUCGGCUGCACUGUGCAACAGUCCAGCUUCUAUGGAUUUGCCUCGAUGCUGCCCAAGCAAUAUACACAGGCGGUGAUGGCCGGCGAGAGCAUUGCCGGUUUUCUAGUGUCUUCCAAUCGAGUGGUUACCAAACUGCUCAUCAACAAUGAUCGUGUCUCGACGGUCAUCUUCUUCCUGACCUCCACGCUAUACAUACUCUUCAGCUACCUACUUCAUUUGGCCACCAUCAAUUCGCCGUUUGUCCGCUUCCAUGUGGAGGCAUGCUCCAAGAUUGUCCUGCGACCCGAUGAGCAAGAGAUUGAUGGGGCCACCAGUAGCACCAAAUACGGCGUACUCUCGAUGGAUGGCACCACGACAACAACAACGGCUGGGCCGCAUCACUCGAGUGGCAGUGCGACGAAUACGCUGAGCUUUAGCAAUCCCGUGUAUGAGUUGUCCAAUCCGACGGCAGGCGAGAGCAUCAUUGAGGGUCUGGGACAGCUGCCCGAACUUCCGGCGACGCCGCAUGAGCCGACCACGCCCACAACGGUGGCCUUCAAGGUGGAGCAUGUGAUUACGCCGCGUCGUUGCCGGCCGAGCAAACUGGGCGACAUACGGGAGGGAUUCGUGACGCGAUGGCGUGUCGCCCAGGUCAUCUAUCCGUAUAUGGUGUGCAUUGCCCUGGCCUACUGUGUCACCUUGUCCCUCUAUCCGGGCAUCGAGGUGGAGGUUACUUCGUGUGCGCUGCGCUCCUGGAUGCCCGUCUUGCUGAUGUUCUGCUUCAACACAUCGGAUGUGGUGGGCAAAAUACUCGCAGCCAGUCCAUAUCCCUGGUCGCGUCGUCAACUGAUCCUCCUGUCGGGAUUGCGCAUUGUGCUGGUGCCGAUGUUUCUGCUGUGCUGUGCGCCCCGUCAUCGUCCCGUAAUCUCCGGCGAAACGGCGCCCUUUCUCUUCACCAUUGCGCUGGGCGUGAGCAAUGGCUUGGCGGGCAGUCUGCCCAUGAUGCUGGCACCGGCCAAGGUGCCCGGCACCCUCAAAGAGGUGACCGGCAACAUAAUGACACUUUCGUACAACAUUGGACUUUCGGCGGGAUCUCUGAUUGGCUACGUGUUUGAGAGCAUGCUGGGACCGCAGCUGGAGAAUCCCUGUCCCAUGUAUCCGUAUGUGCCCGCCUCGAUGAUGGAUCACUAUCAUGGCCAUAUACCACCACUGCUGCCACCCACCACCAGCGCCACAUUCAGCGUGAACACGACACUGGCGCCGCUGCUGCUCAACAGCACCAUCGCCAGCAUGACCAGCACCAGCACAGAGAGCAGCUCAUCCACCAGUGGUGUGCCGAUGCCGGCACUGGCCACAGUCAUCACAACCACGGCACUGGCGCUCUACAGCACCGUGGCGGGCAGCAGUGCGGAACUGGUGAAUGCCACAGUGAGUACAAUGCUGUCGGCGGUCUCCUCAUCCGUGGGGGAUAUCAGUGGCGAACUUGGAGGCAGUACAACAGAUCCCCAAACGCCCGAGGCGCUGCUGCAGGAGAUCUAAUUUAAACUCAGAGGAACUUUGAACUGCAGAGAGAACACCGAUCCACAGAUCCACUGAUGCACUGAUCCACUGAUCCACUGAUCCACUGAUCCUUAUGCAUCUGCAUACAGGCAAGGCCAUGCAACUAGCACAAAAGAAAUAAAUCCAUAUUCCAUUUGUUGUACGUGGACAACUCUCUCUCCCUCCCUCUCUCUAUCUCGAUCUCUAUUUCUCCCGAUAUC